CGAUUUCAGAUUUUGACUUAAGAAAGGGUUUUCAGGUUUCAUCAUAAUUUUUCUUCCUCAAUUCAAUUCAACACUUAUUUUUAUUUCACUCUUCUCAUUUCCCCAAAAAUAAAAUUAAAAUUAAAACCAAAACCUGCAAAAUUUCAAAUCCAAAUAAUCGCCAUCAUUUAAAUCACACCCAAUUUUCUCUCUCUUCAAUCACAUUUUCAGCGAAAAAACCCAAAUCGUUUUUUUUUUGUUCCACAGUGAAGACCACAGAUUUUGACCCGUGAAAUCGUUGAAUGAAAGUAACGAACUUUUUCGUGUGGUUUUUCAUUCGUACACACGUGUUGGUGAGAUGAGAAGAAGAAGAACUUGCAUGUUGUGAGAACGAGUUUUUUUUUCUUUUCUUUUUCAUGGCACCACCCAAACGCGUUUAUCAAGCAUGGAAAGGAAGGAAUAAAUUCAUAUUUGGAGGAAGGUUGAUAUUUGGGCCUGAUGCUAAGUCAUUGCUUGUCAGUUUGUUGCUGGUUAUAGUUCCGGUUAUUAUCUUCUGCGUAUUUGUAGUAAGGCAUCUGCGGCAUGAAUUUUCUUCAUAUAAUGCAGGAUAUGCUAUUUUGGUGGUGGCAGUUCUCUUUAAUAUUUAUGUGCUGAUUCUUCUCUUUCUUACAUCCUCGCGUGAUCCGGGCAUUAUUCCAAGGAAUUUACAUCCGCCAGAGGAAGAGUACCAUCAAGGCUCAUCCUUUUCUAUGGAUAUUGGGGGACAUGAAACACCAAGCUUUCAGAUUGUAAGUACAGAAGUGCGCUUAAGAGUGGGGGUGAAUUAGGUGUUUAGAAAUUUUCUUGUUUUUAGAG